UCAAAAGCUGGCAAGAGUAAUAGGAGUCAAUUGCCGUACAAUCAUACCAAUGGGUCUCGCUCAUUUCCUAUCGCAAUGGCUGCUAUGGUAGCAAAAGAUGGAGAGUUGGAUUUCCCAAAGUUCUAUGAGGACAGCCACACUUCAAAGAAAACGAAUGACUGGAUCCAUCCAAAAUGCCGUGAGCUGCAUCAAGAGAUGGUCAAUGUACAAGCGGCUGCCAUCGAGUCGGGGACGCCAUUGACACAAGAGGAGAUUUCAAGACAAGUGCUUGGACAGAAGAAAAGGUACUUGCUUGGAUUUGGGAGUGGCCCACAACCGUCUACCAUAUUUGCAACACGAGCACACGAUAAGGACAUGGAGGCAAUGCGAGCUGAGGUGGAGGCACUUCGUGAGGAGCGGCAAAAGGAUCAUGACGAGUUAAUGAAAGAGCGAGAGGAGCGCGAGAGAUGUUACAAUGAGCUGUUGAAAGAACGAGAGGAGCGCAUUCAAUUAUCCAAUGAGAUGUUGAAAGAGCGGGAGGAGGGACAAAAGGCAAGGGACGAGACAAAUACAAAGGUCGAGCAUCUCAAUAACGUAGUCGCCAAACUGUCACAACUCUUGGGAAUCUAAGUUGGGCAUCCGACGUUUGGUUUUUGGUAAGAACAAUUUC